AUGUCAACUCAGUUGUUACGUGUCAACGCUCUCGAAUUCGACCUCGACGGUACCAUCGUGGACUCCACGGAGGCCAUCGAAAAGUCCUGGGCCGAUCUUCUGGCCACCUACCCUCAUCUGAACGAGGACGGAGACUUCUUCCACAAGGCUCACGGGGUGAGAGUGAGUGAUGUGUUCAGAAAGUACCUCUCGGACAAGUUCGAGAGUGAGCAGGCUCUGAUUGACGGCGCUUAUGAUUUCGACAGACUUGUGUCCGUGACCUACGGAAAGUUGAACUACCCGAUCAAGGGAGCAGGUGACUUGUUCAAGGAGUUGCACAAGCUUCCGGGCAAACCAUUCUGCAUUGUUACCAGUGGCUCUUCGGUCUUGGCACACGGCCACUUUCAGAACGUUCUGCAUGAGGCCGGUGUUGAGAAGCCCGACAUUUUCAUCGUCGCUGAGGACGUGAGUGUCGGAAAGCCUGAUCCCGAAGGUUACAAAAGAGGUGCCCGUUUGCUGAGCGAGAGACUGGGAUACCCAAUCGAGAAGGUGGUUGUGUUUGAGGACGCUCCUGCAGGUAUUAAGGCAGGUCUAGCGUCUGGUGCUACCGUGGUUGGUAUCGCUUCCACUUUCGAUGCAGACAAGCUAUACGAGAACGGUGCCAACUACGUCAUCCAGGAUCUUUCCAAAGUGAAAGUCAAGUCUUUCAAGGACAGAGUUGUCGAACUGGAGCUCGAGGUGAUUGAGAGGAAGAACUAA